GGCUGCAGUCUUCUGUCUCUCUCACAAACAAAUGAGCUCCGGAUCGAAAUCUGUUCGCAACUGACAAUAUUAUUAUUUUGUCAAACGAAUACUUCUUUAUCCUAGAUCUGUACCAUGAUUCAAAUAAUAGUCCUAAUGCAACAGUUACAUUUAAAAAUGUAAGGUUUCUUUUCUUUAUUUUAUUAAUCUUUCUAAAAUGUUGAUGUGAGGAAAAUGUAAAUUUUCAUCUCGUUAAACUUGCUGAAAGGGUUGACAUUAUGACCCGUUAUACCCAUAUUGUAUAUUUUGGUGGCUGAUUAUUUUUUUUGGAAGUGAAAUCUCAUUAAUAAUGUGGACGCGAUUUACACUCAAGUUUCUCCUCGGUAUAUUAGCUGCGAUUGAAAUUCAGCCUGCCCCAGAAGAGCUGUGUCCUCGACAAGAGCCCCUUCCUGGAGUCUUGGUCUUGAAGUUAGGAAGCAAUGUUGUGUUUGGCUGCAGAGGCGAUAUCACUGUGGACGGUGUGCCGUUGGCUUCGGCCAGUGUCAUGAAUAAAAAAUACAGAACCAAGCAGAGAGAAGACAUCACUGUCAGCUGGACAUCCCAAAAAGGUUAUGCUAACGCUACACAGCUAACCAGUAUGAAGGGAAAUGCUACAACUGGGACAUACCAAAAGACUGAUUCUGCUAUGUAUACCAAAGCUAAAGGGGACACAACGGUCACCGUUAAACCACCUGUAACCAUAAGAAAGGAACAAACCACUUCUAGACGUGUUUUGCGUGCUGUCACUCAAACUACUGGACAGGAGGAAGAGGUCUUUGGUAUCACCAUGGGGACAGAUUUUGAGCAAGAUGAUUAUGAGGACUAUGAUUAUGAAGAGGAACGGUCCAGGGUGACAAGAGGCAUCAAAAAGCGAACACGCUGGACUCUAAAUGGACGACAGGUGCAUGCUGGAGUGGAAAGGGGAGGGAUUUUAAGACGGCCUCAUCUCAGCUGGGCAGAUGCUGGGAAUUACAGCUGCUACAGAGGAGAGAGACUCAUUUCCACAGUCAGAAUCAGCGUGGGGGUACCCCCAGAGAGACCCACUGUCUACUGCUACAGGAAGUUUCACACAAGUAAAGUCCGCUGUGAUUGGACAUCCAAAAAUCCAGUAACCCCACGGCCACUGUGUCACCUACUUCUUAUUAGAGGAUUGUUUGGCAAUGCCACUCGUGUGUCUUGUUCAUUCUCCCGCUCCCGCUGUUGGUGUGCUUUUCACGUGGAGGAGGGUGACAGAGCUCUCCAUGCAGCAAAACUGUGCGUGUCUAACACAGCAGGCAGUGCCAUGAGCCCUUACCUCAGCUUCAAGCUGCACGACAUCAUUAAGCCAGACCCUCCGACCCGAGUGGUGGUGAGAGCAGUCGAGGGCCAGAAGCAUAUGCUUAAAGUAGCCUGGUCGUAUCCCAGUUCCUGGAAGCAUGGCUUCUAUGCCUUGCAUUUCCAGCUGAGAUACCGACCACAACUCAAAGAGCAGUAUCAGUCAGUGCUGAUAGAUGACAGGACGGACAGACAAGUGUCCUGGACGAUUUAUGAUGCUCUGCCACACAUUCAGUAUGAAGUGCAGCUCCAGGCCAAGGAUGAGUUCGACGGCCUCUGGAGUGAUUGGACUGACACGGUCUAUGCAGUCACUUGGACAGCUCCUGAGAUGACUACUACCUCUGAGAGCAUUACUUUGGAGCCCCGUGAGAUGUUUCCUGAAGGUUCAGGAGGAUCUGGAGAAGACCCUUGUGUAGGUUCAGUGGCAGUAGAUGGAGCUGAUGAUAUUGAAUAUGCUACAGUGUGGCUGUAUGUGUCAUGUGUUUUUGGGCUGUGUUUUCUUGUAGUCUUCACCAUGCUCACAGUCUGCUUACACAGGAAUAGGCUGCAUUUCAUGUCUAGAAUAGGAAAACAGACUUUGCCCUUUGCAUUCUUCCUUCAUUUGCCUCGACCUUUUCCUGCUCCUGUUCACUCUGAGCAGCUUCCAGAGGAGGGAAAUUCACUGAUGUCUCCUCCCAAACACAGCCAGCGAGACUUCCUUCCUGUUCAGCAAGAGCUGCAAGAGGGCAUUCAUCUGCAUAACAUGGAUUAUUUCCUGUCUCCAGGCACUGAGGGUGUGCCAUGGACCAUAGACAGACAUGACUAAAUAGAAGAAAAAUACUGUGAUAGACUAAGAAUCACAGACUGGGUUUUGUAUUCAGUAACAGUAUUGUGAGUGGGAAAACUCAAUGUUGAGUGUUAUUGUAUAGACAAAGUAAUUCAUCUUGCCCUACAUUGUUUUUGACUACUAUCAGAACCAUUUGUAAAUAAGAAUUUUGGAAAAAAAAAAUGCCUGCCAUCUGUUGACCAUGCCAAUCUCAUAUGUGAAGCUAAAGCACUCUUAUAAGUAGCUCUGAAUAUGAGUGUCUUCUAAAUGCCUUACAGGAAUGUUAAGAUAAU